AUGAGGCGGGGAGGCGCACCUCUCCCCUUCGGCUUUGUGGCCGAUGUCCUCUUCCACAUCAUCAUCAGCGGCGAGGUAAACACCAUCCUCACCCUCUGUCGCCUGAACAAGGCCACAUACGAGACCAUCAAGAUCCUCGAGCCGCAUAUCUGCACCUGGUUCAUGCGAUGCCAUGGGAUCGACGCCUUCGACCCCAUCCUCGCCAUGAGUCCCUGGACCGGGGAGCGAGCCCCGUUGACGAUUCACACGCUGGUCCGCUUUCUCCAUCGCCAUAACAUCGCCAGGGACUUGUCACGACAUCUUGUACCCUCCGUGUGGGGUCCGUUCUGCGACGAAGACCACACGGAGAUGGACUUCGACGCGGAAUUGCGGCUGGCGCAACGGCUGGAACGAGGGCUGCACGUGCUGUUCCACAUGGCUGACAUCGCACGGGAGACGGAGCGGCUCAAGCCGCGCAAGAAGCCCCUGGCUCCGGUGGUUAGCGGGCGGCUCUUCGUGCUGGGCCAGAUGUUGGACGAGUACGACGAGCUGCCGCCGCAACGGCGACAGAUGAUGACAUUUGAAGAGUACACCAACCACGUGUACACAGUCUUGAAAUGGGGCUACACGGAAGCCGACAUCGGCCGCCGCCGACUGGAGUUCCGGGGCUGGUUGGACGAGCAGACCGAGAUCGACUUCCACGCCGCCCUGCGCAUGCUGCGGGAGCUGAUGGAGCGGAUGCUGCUGCGCCACGGGCCGAAGGACUGGCACCGGGACGCCCGGAAUGAGUACAGCGUGAUCUCGUGGUUCAUCCUGAAGCAGCCGCCGCGGUCCCUAGCGAAGCUGUUCCUCAGCCCGCAGAACGAAUGCUGUGACCUGGAUGUGAAGAGUGCUGAUUGCGGAGCUAGGAAGUGUUUUCUCUCGGACCCGUUGGAUAAGUACUGGAGGGCGUGGAAGAACGUCCCCGACCUCGGCUGCCAAGACUGCGACUGCAAGCGGCGCGUCCGCAGCUGGAGUGUCAAGCCUGCCUUGAUUGAUGCCCGAGGACGGGAGUUCAACCGUGGUGCCGAGAGAUACCUAAGGGAGAUGUGGGGCCAGCGACACGUUGGUCUCCAUCGGGCGUUCACGCUGGGAGUCUUCAGUGCCGUGAUAGGGUAG